UUGGAGACUCAGUGCCCGCCGCGCUCUCCUAUAGUUCAGAUACACCUCCCACCUCGCCUCCUGCACCUCCAACCUCCAUCCUCUUCGUCGCUCACGGACUGACUUUCUCAGCUCCUUCGAUUCCAAUUUUUCUACUUCCAGAAUUUUUGUUUCUUUUUAUCUCCCCUGUUCCUGUUGUGGGUUCAUCGCAAGGCUGUGACGUGAACAGCAGGUGUGAGUUUUCCCGACUAUCAUUUUCAAUAUUUUUGUGUGCUUUGGGUUCUGCAAAACGCCAAAUACUACUAAUAAGGUAACAGUGGAGUUUACGACGCAGGAUGAAGUCCAAAACGAGUAGGCACUGGCAUCCCAUCGGAGUGGCCGCGAUGGUCCUCUGCGUCACAGUCUCGUGCGCAUCCACUUCGGACGACGAUUACUCGUAUGUGAGCACGGACUUAGAUGACCCCCUGCAGCCUGUGUGGGAUACACUGGAUAGACUGCCCAGCGAGGUGAGCGAAGCUGUCAUGAGAACCAUCGGCAUUCAAUUUAGGCUGAUCAACACACAACUGAGCAGCAAGCUGCAACCCUUGACCCACGUCAUGGCCACCGUGACGGGGGCUCUCCAAAGGUUGGAACAAUCAACACAAUCCGCCCCAGGCAACAAUGAAACAUAUCAGCAAUUAUUGCACUUACAAAAUACCAUCCUUGACAACUUGGUGACCAAACUGGAGGUUCAUAUCAACUCGCAAGUGGAGGCGCUGGAGACCAAGCUUAAGGCACAUAUCGAUGCGAAACUUUCGCCAGCUGCAAGUACAAGUGCAGUAGGCGGCGGAUUGGAAACCAGAGGAAGUGAAGUUGACGCCUCUAUUGCUCAAACACUGAGUGCAAACACCAGAGCCUUGGAGAAUAUUACUACGCACGUGCUUAAGAUCAACGAAAAGAUUGGCGGCUCCUCGGAAAGCGGCGACUCUUGCACUACAUUACUGGACAAAGUAACGGAGCUGAUGGACGGGUCUGUGGGGGCGAGUAGCGUGUGUCCCGUCGAGAACCAGCGCACCGCACCUUCUGCUCUGCCGCGGGAUUGCUCCGAUAUACACUGGGUGCAACCUGAGGGCCCAAGCGGUGUGUAUGAGACCUUCCCAACCUUCGAUAAUAAGGCACCUGUUAAUUGUUACUGUGACAUGGGCCAGCCCGGUGCGAAAGAUACGGGAGGUUGGACGGUCAUUUUAAGGCGCCGGAACACCACCUAUGGCUUGGUGAACUUUAACAGGACCUGGACUGAAUACCGUACUGGCUUCGGGGAUCCUGGCGAGGGGGAAUGGUGGUUCGGGCUGUCUUCCCUCCACGCUCUCACCUACCGCCAGCCCUACGAGGUGGACCUUCUCCUCCACGACAUUGAAAAAGGAACCUUCCACGCCCAGUACACCACCUUCAGAGUGGAGGACGAGGCACAUGCUUACAAGUUAAUCUUAGGUGGCUUUUCUGGAAACCUGACUCACGACGCCCUCACCUCCAAGCACAACGGGUCGCCUUUUAGCACCUGGGAUAAAGACAACGACUCCUGGGGAAGUGGAAACUGCGGCCAGAGCAACGGUGGCGGCUGGUGGUUCAACAACUGCCACUUCACCACCCUGACAGCACCUUUCCCAACCUCCGCGAACAGAAACGCGAGAACAAUUCGCUGGCUGGAGGACGACUGGCUGGUGUUGGAUGAUGUCACUUUAAAAAUACGACCCUUUAACUACGCGGAGAGAUUCAACGUUCACACUUUAGGCUAAAGAAAAAAAAUGUAUGUUUUACCUGUACAUUUGUAAUGCAGAGACGUUUAAACUCGUCUAAACUAAAUUUAGACAUUGAUGAUUAUUAAGAUGUCACAUACGUCGAUUGUCCUGUUGGGGAUUAGAUUCUCGACUCUCUCUCUCUCUCUCUCUCUCUCUCUCUCUCUCUCUCUCUCUCUCUCUCCUAUAUUUAAUCCCUUUAUAUAUAGAUUUUUUUUUUUUUCAUUUAUCAUUGUUUUCUUUUUAGCUGACGCAUAGCACCUUCACCAUGUAUAUUACUUACGCAAGCUUUUUACCUAGUUUUGAAAUGCAAGGUGACCUUAAUGUUUUGAUGGAAGAGAUGGUUGUGGCAAACAGUGUACACAUGUUUAAAGAGACACUGGAUAAAUAUGGUUAUGGAGACAAGACAAGAUGAGCUUUGGCUCAUGCCCUGUACAAUACAACUAGGUAAAUACAACUAGGUAGAUACACACAGAACAGCUGACACCUGCAUUAGAUUAUCAAUUAACAGACCUGACCUCACCUACCAGCCACCAGACCUGGCCUCACUUCAUCCCUACUCACACCUGCCUUCUUAGUCAGUUAGAGGGUAGGCUAGUUUACCAGGAUGGUCAGUAAAGGGAGAGGAAAGCCAAAGCAGGUGGUGAACACUAAAGUCUUCAAGAAUGGAGAUCUCUGCAAAAGGGAAAAGAGUCAGAAUGUGCUCCACUUUGGAAGUUAAGUAGUCAAAUAAUUUCUUAUAGUCAGAGGAGUUAGGUGAGAGGUAUACAGCACAGAUAAAUUCUAUUUGAGAGUGACUGUAGUUGUAGCCAGAUGGUGGAAAACUUGGAAGAUUCAAGAGCGUGGGCAUGAGAGCAGGUUAAGUCGUUGUGCACAAAAAUGCAACAUCCAGCUUUAGGUUGAAAAUGAGGAUAGAGAAAGAAGGAUGGAACAGAAAGGAGCUACUCUCAGUUGCCUUAGACACCUGUGUUUCAGUGAGGAAAAGAAGAUAAGGUUUAGAAGAAGAGAGGUGAUGUUCUACAGAUUGAAAAUUAGAUCUAAGACCGCGAAUGUUGCAGAAGUUAAUGAAGAAAAAGUUCAGGGGGGAUGUCAAGACACUUAGGGUUAUUAUCAGAAAAGGAGUCUGACCUGGGGACAUUUGUGUCGCCCUCCCCAGAUGGAGACUAAAUAAAUAAAAUAAUAAACAAUUGAAUAUAUUUUAAAUAAAUAAACUGUCGCUGUGUAUCUGUCGCUGGCUAACUGAAAAAAAAAAACUUAAAAAUAGUAUUGCGGCCCGCCCACAAACUUAAAUCUACUUUCCUUCAUGAUUCUCACUUUCCUUCUUCUGUCAAACGUCUUCUUUUUCCCUCACCUAACUCCUAUAUAUAUA